AUGUCUUUUUUUCAUAUGCACCAUUUUAUCUCUUUCUCUGAGAAUUCUCUUGUUUUCAUGUAUGACUUUCUGCAAUCCAGUUCUUUCACGAACUUGUGUCUCAUUAAAUCUGGUAAUAGAUAUUCCUAUUUGAGAACUAGAAUACCUCGUAGAAAUAAUAUUUUCAUAAACUCUUUUUUAAAUCAUCCCUCAUAUUUCAAUCCCUUCUUCUCUCUUUCUCUCCUUGAGUUUAAUGAUUCAAUGGAUAUAGUGCGGCGUUUGCCCCCUCCUCCUCUUUCCAAACUCUCAUCAUCAUCGUUAGACUUUUUUUUCGUGUUUCUGAAUACUCAACGGGAUCCUUUCUACAGGCAUUGCACUCUCUAUGGGUCUUUAAAAAAAAUUAGAAUAGCCACACAUACCCUACUAGAAGGAAUGGACGAUAAAAACUUGAUGCCUUGUGUUUUUUGGGGUUCGGGUUUUUUGCUUGGAUUGCCCCGCACAUUUGAAUAG